AUGAGCAAAUGCCAAUACGAAGAAGCAAUGCUGCUCGUUAAAACUGCACAACAGGGGCAAUUGAGACCAGGAAUUAUAGAUCGCAGACCCUAUGACAGCCCGGUAGUACCAUGGUUUUUCAGGAGAAAGACGGAGUACAUGUCAUACUGCAAAGGAGUGGAGCCGAUCAACAAUGAUGCUCGAAGCACUAGCAGAAAUCAUCUUGGUGUUGGCGAGCGUUCGCUACCUCUCGGGCUUCUCACAGCGGCCCAAGGCCAUCCUAUGCUCGUCGAACUUAAGAAUGGCGAAACACUCAACGGACAUCUGGUUACUUGCGAUACGUGGAUGAACUUGACGCUGAAGGAGGUUGUGCAGACGAGUCCGAUCAAAUAUCUGCGGGUACCAGAUGAGAUUAUCGACCUGGUAAAGGACCAACAGCAACGAGAGCAAAGUAGUGGUUACAGAGGUGGCAGAGGUGGCGCACAAAGAGCUCGGAGAAUUCUAACUGCCCGAGGCACCGGCUCUGAUCAACGACCGAACAGCCCUCGAGCCCUUCACACGGCCACCGAGGGCGAAUCAGCCGCGCUGGGGACUUCCACCUACAGAACGACAUCUAUAGAUACCUCUGCAUCUGCAGAAGCUCCCCGAACCUUUGGGUAUCGUGAUCGAAACCUUGAAUCUGGCAGCCACCAGCACAACCUCAGCUUGAAAAAGCCACCUUUGAUGAGGACGGUCAAACUUACAACAACGGGAACGGGCGCGGAUAAUCCUGCAACCUUCGACAGCAAUUUAUGGAGCAGACAGAUCCCACGACCCGGUUGGGCGAGUCAAGUUUCGGAAGCCCAGCGUCUAGCACUAGGAACCAUCAGACAGGCGCUCGACCAUUUGUCCAUUCUGCAGAUACACGACCUAUUGCGGAAUGUCAGGGCCGAGAAAAAGUCUUAUGAGCGAGUUGUUUCUAUUGUGGAAUAUUUAAUCUUGGAUAGAGGAGAAAAACCGGCGUUGAUCCAUUAUGAUUCUCUUAUCAGGGCAAAUGCGAGUUGCACGAGGGGAAGCGCCGGGUCAGUUCGGAUGCUGAUGGAGGAAAUGAAAGCGUAUGGCAUCAUAGCGGACUCUGGAUUGUACCACGGGGCCCUACAGGCUCUUGCGAUACAUCCGGAUUAUCUGUUACGAGCGGAGAUUAUGCAGGAAAUGAAGGAACGAUGGCUUGGGCUCUCCCCCGAAGGAUGGCAUAGUCUGGUCGUUGGAUUGAUCCGGGACCGGCAAUACGAAGUUGCAAUGGACAAAUUGGAAGAGAUGCAUUCUGAAGGGAUAAUAGUUCUGCCCUGGCUCUAUGACAUAUUUCUGUUUCGGCUCUGUGAGGCGGAUGAACUGGACGAGGCGUUCAAACUGUUAAAAUACAGGUUUGACAACAGCAGAAACGAAAUACUGCCUACCAUGUGGUAUUACCUACUUGAUAUGUUUAGUAAAGAUCUCCACUAUGAAGGAACAAAGUACAUCUGGAAAAGGCGUGUUGAUACCGAAAACUUAGUCUUGUCAGACGGAAUCUGCCUUUCCGCUUUGAACCUCGCAGCCCGAUACGCCGACCCUGAGCUCGCUACAUCAGUCAUUCGUAUACUCUCCUCGCGAAAAUCCCCCCUUACGGCUUUCCACUACGAGGCUCUGCUCGCUGCAUACGCUGGAGCCGGGGACCUGAAAACAGCUUUCCGAGUCCUGGUCAUCAUGACCAAGGCUGGUCUUCAAACAGACGCCAGCACAACUCGUCCGCUCUUCCUCACCCUGAGCAAGUCUCGAGACCUUGCGGCGAAAGCCUGGGUCGAGCUGGAAGAACUAACCCACGAUAGCCACGUACUCCCCGUGGCGGCGGCAAACGUGGUAAUCGAAGCCACCAUCCAUACAGGCCAGGUCGAGAAAGCCGUAGAACUUUACAAGAGGUUACACGAUAUCUGCAAAAGCGGGCCAGACACCGAAACGUUCAACGCUCUUCUACAGGGAACAUCAAGGCAUGAUCGCAAGGAUCUCAGCAUGUUUCUCGCGGGGGAGAUGCAAGCGCUGGGCAUCAAACCCGAUUAUCUGACCUACGACCGCCUCAUCCUGGCCUGUCUCAAACAUGACGAUUAUGAAGACGCGUUCCGCUACCUGGAGGAGAUGGUGGACGUAGGAGCCGACCAGCCAGACGGCGGAUGGUACAUGAGGCCUGGUACCGCGAAGCUCAUGAUCGAGAGAUGUGUUGAGAACGAUGAUCAAAGGGCGUGGAAGAUACUGGACGAGAUGGACAGGCGGCAGAUGAAAACAUUUUCCCUGCGUGAUUGGGCAGAUCAGAAAUGGAAGGGGCCACCCAGAGAUACGGAUUUGAAGGCCAAAGUUGCAAUGUGGGCGACUGUAUAA